UUGAUGGAGUUUGGUCAGAAUGGAGCAAAUGGGGCGACUGUAGUGUUUCAUGCGAACUGGGUCAAAGGUCAAGGUCAAGGACAUGUAUAUUUCCAGAUCCACUAACAACUGAUUUGCCUUGUAUUGGAGAUGAUGUAGAAACAAUGGCAUGUAAUCUAGGAACAUGCCCAGUUAGCGUUGACGGUGUGUGGGGAGAUUGGGGACAAUGGAGUGACUGCGGGGUAACAUGCGGACAAGGUGAAAGGUUAAGAACAAGGGAGUGCAUAUUUCCAGAUCCUGCGAACAUGGGAGCUGAUUGCUCGGGUGCGCCUAAUGAAACCGAAAUAUGUAACAUACAGGCUUGUCCAGUUGAUGGAGUUUGGUCAGAAUGGAGCAAAUGGGGCGACUGUAGUGUUUCAUGCGAACUGGGUCAAAGGUCAAGGUCAAGGACAUGUAUAUUUCCAGAUCCACUAACAACUGAUUUGCCUUGUAUUGGAGAUGAUGUAGAAACAAUGGCAUGUAAUCUAGGAACAUGCCCAGUUAGCGUUGACGGUGUGUGGGGAGAUUGGGGACAAUGGAGUGACUGCGGGGUAACAUGCGGACAAGGUGAAAGGUUAAGAACAAGGGAGUGCAUAUUUCCAGAUCCUGCGAACAUGGGAGCUGAUUGCUCGGGUGCGCCUAAUGAAACCGAAAUAUGUAACAUACAGGCUUGUCCAGUUGACGGUGUGUGGGGAGAUUGGGAACAAUGGAGUGAUUGUGGGGCAACAUGCGGAGAGGGUCAAAGGUCAAGGUCAAGGGAGUGUAUAUUUCCUGAUCCGGCGAACAAGGGAGCUAAUUGUUCCGGUGUGUCGACUGAAACUGAAACAUGCAAUAUACAGGCUUGCCCAGAAACUCCAGUUGACGGUGUGUGGGGAGAGUGGGGAGAAUGGAGUGCUUGUGGGGCAACAUGUGGGGACAGUCAAAGGUCAAGGACCAGGGUGUGUAUAUUUCAGGACCCAGCAAACCCUGGAGCUGAUUGCAUUGGGUUGUCAAUGUCUAAUGAAACGUGUAAUAUGCAGGACUGUCCGGUUGACGGUGUGUGGGGAGAUUGGGAACAAUGGAGUGAUUGUGGGGCAACAUGCGGGGAGAGUCAAAGGUCAAAGUCAAGGGAGUGUAUAUUUCCUGAUCCGGCGAACAAGGGAGCUAAUUGUUCCGGUGUGUCGACUGAAACUGAAACAUGCAAUAUACAGGCUUGCCCAGAAGGUGACCCAUAUUGGGGAGAAUGGGUCGUGUCACAAUGCUCCGAAAACUGUGGAAAGGGUAUUCGGACAAGUACCCGUUUCUGCUUAAUUUCUGGUGUUGAAACAGACGUUAACAAGUGCAAAGGUAAAGCUGAAAAAACAACAGGCUGUAAAGGGAUUAAUUGUGAAGUUUAUACUGAUUGUACCUGGUUGGAAUGGUCAGCAUGGUCGCAAUGUUCGGCGACAUGUGGCGAAGGAACCAGGUCACGUGAACGCGAACAUUGGUAUCCAACUAACACCAUGGAUGGAGAAUGCUACGGAAGAGAUAUAGAAUCAAUGUCCUGUCAAGUUACUCAUUGCUGAGAUUUGUUCCCACUUGUAAAUCGUGAUGUAUACUGUCAGCAUUCAGUAAUAGUUUGUAAUGUAUUUAAUAAAAAGCAA